AACACAACGGGAUGACGGAAAAACACGAGGAUGGCAUCGUUUUACUCUUCGGAUGGUCGUAAACAAAUAAUCCGGGAUAUGCUAGCUGUUUUUCACCGGUAAACCUCACCAAAAUGAGGUUCUCUCCCGAAGAAGCAGACAUAAUAGCUUGUCUGUGAAAAGAAUAUAGUUAUCUUUAGCCGAGCGAGCUGGGCUGAUCCUUUUGCAUUUUGCCUUUUUAUUACAGAUAUUUGUUAGAUUCCUGACAGCGUUAUCUUCACAUCUACUGCUUCGUGAGUGUUUUAAAUAUUAUUUUUCUUGGGCGAGUGCAGCACUAACACAGAGGAUGCUCAGAUAGGAGAAAGUGCUCGCUUGACAACAUCCAAGGUGCCUGAUAUUUUACAACCAAGAAGUGACCGGGAGCCAUCUUGACGGACAGCGCGCCUGACCUUUCCCGCUGCUCCAUAAUGAAUGUUUGGCACCUCUCGUGAACUGCCGCGAGUUCAGAGCUCGGGGUUCAGACUGAUUGGACUGGCCUUUGGAUAACACAGGACUGAUAUAUGAUUCAGCCUAGGACAUACCCCACCGAUGUCUUGCAGAGGGGUGUCAUUUUGUAGGAAUAAUACUACUUUGAGGGCGUAUCCAUAGCUCGACGGAAAAUUCAGCUGCUUCUGUCAUGCAGGAAUUUGCAGCUCAAAGUUGCUCAGUGACAUCUUACCGUCGUUUUACUGCAAGUGCUAAUACCAACUGAAAUUGAUUACCGUUUUUUUCUGAACAUAUACAAGCCAUGGCCCUGUUAACUAGCUGGCCAUAGCUUGUAACUUUUUCCUCACAUUUUGAAAUCAUAAAGUUUUGGAAAUAAUUGAUAGAUACAACUUUUUGUCAUGCAGGAACGAAAUUGGACACUAGUAUUUCCUUUGAGACCCAAUGCUCCUUGAAAACAACCGAGCUAGCACAGUGUAGCUACGGUAAUCACCUUUUUUCAGAUUUGUCCCGCUAUUAUCCCUUUAUUGAUAUCGAUAGCGACAUUUAACACCCAAUUACUUAUGCCAUGCAAAAGGUUACACAUAAGCCGCCAUAUCUUCGUGACCCCAUGUCAUCUGAAGACACCAGCUAACCGAGUGUUGCUAAUUGCUUUCGGAGACUUGCUAACAUGCUAGCUAACACGGCUAACAGGAUGAAUACAUGCCCCUGAGCGUAACCGUCCAGCGUCACCGUGGCUGGGUCCCUGUCCUCGGCCAUGACCCGGCUGAUGUUGGGCCGGACUCUGGAGCGCAUCUGCAAAGGCGUGCUGCUGCUAUGCCUGCUCCACUUCCUCAUUAUGAUGAUCCUGUAUUUUGACGUGUACUCGCAGCGCUUUGACCUCUUUAGCCGCUUCAAUAAUGGACGCAACGGAUCCAGGAAUAAUAUCAGCAGCGGGCAUCAUUAUUACUACUACAAUCUGUCCAGGCCCAAUGGGACAAUGGCCAGUUACUUAGCGACCGGAGAGCAGCUCGGGAUAAGCACGCAGCCGGAGACCAAUCAGACGCCUUCUCCCAAACCUCUGCCCCCCUGCCCUGAGAACCCGCCCGGACUCGUGGGCCGUUUGUUGAUUGAGUUCAGCUCCCAGAUGACCAUGGAGCGUGUGCAAAAGGAGAACCCCAAUGUUACCGAUGGAGGCCGCUACACCCCGCCCGACUGCAGGCCCAGGUGGAAGGUGGCCAUCAUCAUCCCAUUUCGACACAGAGAGAACCAUCUGAAAUACUGGCUGCACUACCUCCACCCGAUCCUCCGACGACAGAGAAUCGACUACGGCAUUUAUAUCAUCAACCAGUUGGGAGAGGACACAUUUAACCGUGCCAAGCUGCUGAACGUGGGCUACAGCGAGGCCUUGAAGGACGCUGAGUACGACUGCUUCAUCUUCAGUGACGUGGACCUGAUCCCCAUGGACGACCGCAACCUGUACCACUGCUACGACCAGCCGCGCCAUUUCGCCAUCGCCAUGGACAAGUUUGGAUUCAGGCUGCCAUAUGCUGGUUACUUUGGAGGCGUUUCGGGGCUCAGUAAAAAACAGUUUCUGAAAAUUAACGGAUUCCCAAACGAGUACUGGGGCUGGGGAGGAGAGGACGAUGACAUCUACAACAGGAUCACUUUGAACGGGAUGAAGGUGUCGAGACCGGACGUCCGAAUCGGCCGCUACCGAAUGAUUAAACACGAGAGAGACAAGCACAACGAGCCCAACCCCCAGAGAUUCAACAAGAUCCAGAACACCAAGAACACCAUGAAGAAGGACGGAAUCAGCUCUCUGACGUACAAACUGCUGGAGGUACGACGAUUUCCCCUUUACACAAACAUAUCAGUGGAGAUCGGCAAGCCCCCUCCGCGCCCAUUCAAAGGAUAGACUCCGCCAGACUGGUAUCUCGGCGUUAUCCUGUGUAAUACCGUCACAAGCACAUCUUCUUCCUGUAUUCGUAUUGGGAUUUCCGCUCGCCAUAGUCUUUCUCCUGAUCGGGACAUUAGGACGGCAGGCUUCUUUUCUGUGGGGAGUGCUUGAGAUAUCACUGACCAAGAAGACACGCUGCCAAAAACUUGUUGGAGCAGUUCCACCAAGAAUCAUUUGAGAACUGGAAGCCCUCCAAAAGCAUAUCAAGCUGGGAUAUUCACUGAUAUAAAACGUCUCCUGGUACAUUUGGCAGGCAAGGUCGAGAAAUUAUCACUAAAACUGUAUAAAAUUGCAGGUAAUGGAGAAUUCAGAACGGUUUUCUAGACUGUGGCAUUUUACACUGAGACGGCAUGCAGCGAUAAACCAUUGGAUUGUAUAGGGGAUAUUCGCAAUGACAUUUUGGGAUUAUUUCCUCGAGUAGUGAAUGUGUUUUGUGCCUGCGACUUCCAGCAGAGGACAUCAAACUGUGCUAAAAUGUGUUGAUCAAACCACAACAAACUUUUUAUAUCUAUCUUUAGACUGAAAGUGACUCAGAGGAGAGACUGGAAGUUUGAAUAACCAAUUUCUUUUUUUUUUCUGUGUGUUGGCUUACAAUGCAUUCAACUCAAUAGUGUAUAAUGGCCAGCUCGUUGCACCAAUUGGGCAUUACGUUAAAUAAAUUUUACUAGCUGGUUUGUACAUUUUAGGACUCAUGUAUUCAGUACAUUGCGAUUUUCAGCCUUAUCAUACUUAUAUACAGUACAUGUUAUUGUUAAAACAUAUACAGUAGGUUAUUCAAGGGUCGGCUUUUGAAACGUGUUGUCAGACCACGUAGCCUGCCCAGUUACCGUUCAUUUAAUUCUAUUUUCAGCUACAGUUAUUCAUUUGUAUUGACAUUCAGUGCACUCAACGCACCAGUAAGAGCGUAGCCAUCUUGGAACUUGGAAUAUAUGUACGCCUAAAAAUGAACGUCUCCUCUCCUCUAAAUUAGGGGCAAGCGCUCUGUCUCGCUCACAAAUAGACACAACACAAUCAGUACCGUUAUGUUUAUUACAUAAAGCUUUCCCACAUAAUGAUUUGCGUCAUUACAAGUGAUCUGGUUGGAUUUCUUCACUGUAAACAUGUUUUUCAGUUUUACAGUAGCUUGAGGAGAAUUUUGAAAUUAUUAACUUUUCAAAUAACUAACUUUGUCGCCGCGCUUUGCCUGGAAUGUUUCAAAGUAUGGCAUUAAAUGUUUCAAAAUACCUUACAUUCAUUCAUUCUUUGAUUGUUAAAGCCUUGAAUAACAUGCAUUCUUACUUAAAAUGGCCCACUUUUACACGGAUCUGACCUGUAACUUGGUCUCUCCAUGAAGAUAGAUAAGUUUAAUGCUCACUGUGGAUCAUUACAGGCAAAGCAGCAACGUCUCUGUGGUGACAAGUCCUCAAGUUGCAUAGUGUACCUUUAAAGUUAAUAUUUUUACUCCUUUUAGAUUUUUAGAUUUCCUCCCCAUGAAGAGGAUUGUUUUCAGUUGAAGUAAUCUCAUACCUUUUCACUUCAUAAUUAAAUAAAUAGUAAGACUGGCCAGGUAAACACUUAACUAUUGUGUGUAAAGAAAUACACUACCAGUCAAAAGUUUGGAAACACUUUUUCAUUUAUGUUUCUUUGCUAUUUCCUUUUUUAUGUACACUAUAGAUUCUCACAAGACAUCAAAACUGUGAUUGGCACAUAUGCAACGUAAUGAACAAAAGUAGUAAACUCAAAAUGGCUCAAACUUUUAUUUUAUUUGACUAAAUUUAGAAUUUUUAAAAAUGGCCACCUUUUGCUUUGUCUAUUGCUCUGCACUUUUCUUUGACCCUUGACCCUGAAAAGACAUAGCUGCGAUGAGAAACCAUUUCAUAUGAAUUCAUGAUGACGCACAUUGAGAGAAGGUCAAGGGUUUGCAGCUCUGUCAGCAAAGCAAACGGUGGAUACUUUGAGGAUUUCGUUGGGUUAUUUCACUUUUUUCAUUGCUACAUAAUUCCAUAAAUUAUGCUUCAUAUGUUUGAUGACUUAUGUGUGUAUCUAAAAGUAGUACAUAAGCAAAAAAAAAACACAUCGAAAAGAAUGUUUGUCCAAACUUUUGCCUGGUAGUGUGCAAAAAAUGAGAAUUGGUAGGAAGUUGUCAUUGUGAGUGCAUACAAAGGACACUAUUUCAUUACACAACCUGCCGUCUGGUUUGAAGAUCUAUUCACUAUGGGCCUAUUGUUUUCAUGUCAUCUUAGCAACCUUCAUUUUAAUACCGGAAAAGUUUAUUAUCCCGAGGUGAAGGCAAAGAUGAAAGUGUGAAACUUAUCAUUUAGUUUGACUGGCAUCUGUUCAUUUAGUGUCUCCUUGAGGCUGCUGCAAGGCAAAUGAAUCUGCCAUCGCACCUGCCACAGAAAGAUAGAACUUAAUAUCCUUUGUUAAGUUGUUUUUUUAAUGUUUUGUACAUUUUUCUUGUCUUUUUAUUUAAUAUGUUUUAUAUGUUAAUUUUUGUCGCCUCAAACACCAAAUGGAUGCCUUGGAGAGUAAAGAUAAGGGGAAAUAAACAAAGGAGACUAUGGGACCUUAUGAAGAGAAUGAAGCAAUGAUUUGUCAGAAAUGUAAAUGUCCUCUUUAAGACAAAACUAAUUUAAUGGAAAACUGUUGAGCUGUUAUGGUUUGUUCAGCUAUGGCAAUUUAAAAAGCACUUAUUCUACAAUGAACUAUAUCAAUCAAUCUCAAAAUUAAAACAUGAAUUUUCUAAUUUGUUGCCUUAAACAAGGAUUUAUUCAGAACAGAUACAAUCUGUAAUAUCUAGUAUAAACCAAAUCUGUAACAAGACUAAAUCAGGUCUAAAAAUGUAUUAAAGUCUGACUAAAGUAUUUCUGUAUGAGUACAACACAAACAAUGCCAAAAAGUAAAUGUAUUUUAUAAAUGAAGUAAAGCUAGUUUCUUGUUCCAUCAUUGGUACCCAGGCCACAGUUUGAGAAUUAAUGUUUAUAAUAUCGGCGGAUAACCAAUAGUGUGAGUAUAAGUUAUAAAUCAGUCUCCCCACAGAUAUGUUGACCUUAAAUUCAAGUUUUACGUCAUAGUUUUACAUCUCAUUCAAUUUUGUUUACCCAAAGCAACUGUUAUGAAUUUGAAGUGUAUGUAUUAAUUUAAAUGAACAUGAACUGUUUAGUAAAAAUGAAAAUAUGACAUGCACAGUGUUGGGAAGUAACCAAAUACAUGUAUUUUGAGUAAAUUUGGUGCAGUUACUCUUUCAUUUAAGGUAUUCAUGAUAGUUACUUUUCUAAAAUCAAAGGAAUUCAUUAUGGUGUUUGAUCUCACAAUUUCGUCUUCAAACUGCACAGUAUUAAUGAGCAAAACAGAAAACACCAUUCAUACAGAGCAUACAUGAGCAGUUUCUCCUUGUUUAAUCAGUAAUAAAUGCAUGCAUUACAAAUGGUGCAAUUAAAUACAAGUAUCCUUCCCAACACCAAACAUACAGUAAUACAAUGAUUCAAGUCACCAUUUCAUUUUUACUGUAUGUAUCAUAUAUCUUUUGUCAAUCUCUGGCCCUUUUUUGCCCUGCCUUGGGGUUGACUGGUUCCCAUCUGUUCUGCCUUUGCUCCUGUCUUUCUGCCUGCAGCUUCUUGGACAGCACUGCACAGUCACAUCUCCACACGGUCCUGCUUUAUCCUUCCUUUUUGUCUCUCUGUUUUCUCCUCUUUUAUCGUCUCUUCUUUCAAACCGCGCCAGUCUUUGCCCCAUGUGUCAAUGGACCACUCUUGUUCGUUGCGGUGGACCCUCCUUCCCAUUCAAUACCUAUCGACAGAGAUUCUCCACGUGUCGCCAUGUUUUUUGCCUAUGUCUAUUCUCUGCUCAUUAUUUUGUGCCUCCUCGUUCGAUUAUCUACAACACAUUCAAAUAGAUCUUUUACGGACUGUUUACAAUUUCCUGUGCAAUAUUCAAACAUGUAUUUUCUGUGUAAAACUGGUAGGAACGAGAAUUUUGUGAAGAUAUUUGAAGGUCAUUUGUUUACUGCAUUAUACUACAUACUAUACAUACUACUAUUGGUCACUGUUAGCAUAUAGGUCAACUCAUAUAACCAGUUUGUUUUGAUUAGCAGUGUGGUCAGCAUGUGUUGAGCACCUUCAUUGUGGGGUAAAGAAGUUAUUUUCUGCCAAUACAAUGGAGUAAUAAAGAUAUGAUUGGAAUAUUUGAUUAUAAUUAUCUUGAAGAUGUCUAUUACUACCAUAUUUACUUCAUUUUUGAGGUGCAGCCUGUAACUUCUAUGGUAGAGGCCCCACCUCCUUUGGUCCAUUGCAUUUCCUGAAAUGUUCCAUAGUAUGACAUUAAACUCAUCUGUCUUGUCUUUAUUUAAUUGCAGGUGUUUUUAUUGCUCAAAUAGAUAGAUAAGUUUAAGUCUACUGUGGAACAUCCCAAAAGUAAAGCGAGUCCAUCUCCAUGGAUAUAAGAAGGUGGUAGAACCUCCACCAGAAUAGUGACAUUAUGCACUUUUAAUUUUUAAAUUGUGUAUUUAUUUGUGCAUAUCUUUUAUAACUUGACAUUUGGAGUUAUUUUUUGUCAACACACACUUUUGUGUGCUAAAUAUACCUAAAUGAAGUAUGUCUAUUGCUAUUAUUUUAGAAUGUACCGGUAACUUAAAACAUAUUUGGGAGAAUUUCUGCACAAAAAAUUCUUCAGCUCCUCUACAUUGGUGGAAAAUAACUUCUACAACCAGUACUGUGUUGAUGGCAACUGCCGACCAUGUCUUUUCUUCAGUCAUAACAGAGCUGACAUGUACAGACAGUAUAGUGGACGUGUUUGAAGUGUGUUUUUACAGAUUCUGUGAGGAGUCUUUGAAGGUCUCAUGCCCUUUGACCUUUGGAGUGUCUCAUCUCAAGCACACCUCAAACAUCAAACUUUUACACCGCCGACUCCGAGUGAACUUUUCAGGCCUGUGUGGCACUUUUUAAACAUUACUGUAUCUCUGACUAGGGUUUUUGUACAUUGAAUGUUGAAAAUGUUAUAUCUUAUAUAGAAUGCAUUAUGUCAUAUCAAACCUACUUUUUCUAUACAAUCAAUAAAACUGAUGAUGGCUU